AUGGUACCACUGUCUACUGCGGAAUGUGUUCGACCUCAUAGGCAUGGCGCUGAUUUGAUAUAUGGUGGUAGCGAGGGAUUAAGCGAUUUCUCGCCAGAUAACGCAUCAAAUGUGUCCCUACGCUGUCUUCUUGGCAGACUCAUUGGCAUUCAAGGACUAGGGCAUUGGUACCGUCUACAUGUCAGCGAAGAUACGAAAUUCGGAACUGUGCUGCUCAAACUCAGUGCUACUGACGAUGAUGGAGGUGAUAAUGCAAAACACUGGUACCGUCUACAUGUCAGCGAAGAUACGAAAGUCGGAACUGUGCUGCUCAAACUCAGUGCUACUGACGAUGAUGGAGGUGAUAAUGCAAAAGUUGGUUAUCGAUUGGCUGGUGGAGAAGGAGACCAUAUCAAAGUGGAUGAAAAGACUGGAGAAUUGACGUUGAUUAGACCAUUGGACAGAGAGGCAAACAGUGUAUUACGACAUGCUGUAAUCGCAUUUGAUCACGGCGCCCCGUCACAAAUCUCGGCCGUAAAUCUAACCAUUGAAGUCGACGAUGUCAAUGACAAUGCGCCUUUUUGCAUUGAGCCGAUAACGACUGUAAGUAACUAUAUUAGUAUGUUUUUUAUCGCGCAACUACGAGAAUCAUGUCUUCAGGUGCGAAUUCCCGAAGAUUACCCGGAUGGAGCGCUCGUAGGAUGUGUGGCAGCGACUGAUCCCGAUGUUGGACCAAAUGCUCGUCUUAGAUUUUCCUUAGAUCCUGAAGAAAAUGGGCUUGCACCACCUUUCAAGAUUGAUCAUCGAACUGGAUGUGUUUUCAUCCACUCUCCACAUCAGCCAUUAGACUUCCAACGAAGAUCCUCGUAUAAUUUGACCAUAGAUGUAGCCGACAAUGGAGAAGUAGUGCUGAGUACAACUUGCUCAUAUAUUGUAGAACUUGAAGAUGUGGAUGAGAACCUUCAUCCGCCCGAGUUCGAUGACGUGGCGUUGGAGGCUAGUGUGUACGAAAAUAUGGCUAUUGGUACCGAAGUCAUCACAGUCAAAGCUGUAGAUCAGGAUAACCCUGUGGGAGCUGUCGACUAUAACAUUGUAGAAGGCAAUGGCAUUGCAUACUUUGCUAUCGACUCUACAGAAUGGGGUUCCCCAGAGGGUACACUUGUUGUCUGCAGUAAGACAUAUCGAGUCUUGAAUAGUUGGACCUCUUCGUCGCGUACAUGUGGACGUUUAUGA